AUGGAUCAAUACGCACAAACGUCAAUGUCUUAUGUACAAGAAAAUAAUCUGAGUAAUAGUUCGCGAAGAAUAUUUAGCAAAAAACUUGAUUCAUUUGAAGAAACCUACAAAAUUUUUGUUCAUUCAAUUGUAAAUAAUUAUUUUCCAACAGUCGAAAAUCGGAAUACGUCAUUAAAUUAUUGCCCACCUAUACCGCCUGAUCUUCAAGGUCCGUUAAUUAUUCAUGAAGUACCAAAAACAUUUUCUCUCACUUCUAAUUCAUCGUAUCAUACUGAUGUUCAGUUUGGUGGUUAUUAUCAGCCAAAAGCUUGUCUAGCUCGUCAUAAAGUUGCUAUUAUUGUACCAUAUCGAGAUCGUUGGGAUAUAUUAACUCAUUUUCUUUUUCAUACACAUCAAAUCCUGCAGCGACAACAAUUGGACUAUCGAAUAUAUGUGUGCGAACAAGCAUUUAAUACAACAUUCAAUAAAGGCAUUGUUAUGAACGGAUGUUUCAAAGAGAUUUUAAAACUUGAACCCGAUACACCUUGUUUUAUUAUGCACGACGUGGAUCUAUUGUUAAUUGAUGAUCGAAAUAUGUAUACAUGUCCACUAUAUCCACGCCAUUUAAGUGUUGCCGUUGAUAAAUUUAAAUUUUAUUUACCUUACGCUCAACUUGUUGGGGGUGUUUUAGCUAUGCGUCGUGAACAUUAUCUACUGGUGAAUGGCUAUUCAACAAAUUAUUGGGGCUGGGGUGGUGAGGACGACGAUAUGCAUGCUCGUAUUGUUAAAAAACAUUUAAAAGUUGAACGUCCGCCAACAUCAAUUGCACGUUAUAAAAUGUUAAAACAUACACAUCAGAAAUUAAAUCCUGCUCGUAUGAAAGUCUUACGCACGGCACAUAUUCGCAUUGACUCCGAUGGUGUUAAUAAUGUUAAAUAUAAUUUGCUGAAUACAACUUUUUAUCAUCUUUAUACUCAUUUUUUAAUUGAUGUUGGUGAACAGCCAAAAUAA